AUGGCGUCUCUUACAGAGUCUGUGGGCAAGCUGCCCCUGCGUCUACGCAAUUUCUUCGCCCGCUAUCCACCCCAGGUCUACUCUUCCCUGGUCGCACCGCGCCCGACAGCCCCGGAGGGCGAAGCAUCCGCCGAACAGAACCUGCCAUCUCCAUACACUCCCGACCGUGAUGCCAAGGGAGCUCACAAAGAAGACCGCGAGGCCUUUUCCUUCUCUCGUGCUCUUCUGCACAAUGACCCCAGCAACCAGAACCCCUUCCUGCCCCGGAAGAUCUUCACCACUGGAAAGUGGAUCGGACCGCGCUACGGACUGCGACAACAGGCCGACCUCGUGAAACUGGCAAUCAAAUACAAUGUCGAGCCUCUUCUUCCUCCCAGCACCAAGUCAACCGAGUACAAGGAGGCCCGCCUGGCUGAGCGAGGUCUGCGUAUCAAGGGUACCGGUAUUGGCCAGAAGGUCAAGGGUCACAAGUGGGAGCGUACGAUGGAGGCACGUCUCGAGGAUCGUCGCAAGGCGAUGACCGAGAUGCCGGAGAUGAUCCGUUUGUGGAAGCAGCGCGGUCACGGUCGUGGCUGGAGACAAUGGCCCAAGCGGUAA